CUUAGCUGGAUCAUCUGAAUAAAUAACCAACCAGUGUUAAUGAAGGAAGAAGCUUUCCUAGAUAAAUAUCAGGCCCAGGAGAAACUCUUUAGCUUUGAAGUCCCACUUGUGAGGAAUAUAGUCACCAAUAUGAAGAGUGGCCAUCUUGUCUUUCUUUGGGGAAUCAUCUUCCUGACUCUGACCGGAGUUCAAGCAUUCCUGGUCUCCAAAACAGGACGCUGUUCCUGCAUCAAUGUCGGUGAAACCAAGAUCCAGAAAAAAGCCAUACAGAAGCUUGAGGAGUUUUAUCCAGGUCCUUCCUGUUCACAUACUGAGAUCAUUGCAACAAUGAAGAAUGGGGAGAAAAAAUGUCUGGACCCAGAUUCCCCACAUAUGAAGAUUUUGGUAAAAAUGUGGAAGAAAAUGGAAAAUAAAAAGAAGAAACUAAGAACAGGGAAUAAAAAACAACAAACCAAGAAAGCUAAAAAGAUUAAAAAAGCUCAACACCCUCCCCCAGGGAAGACCGCAUAAGAGGCCGCUUCACCAAAAAAGCCUUUCAGGUUCAAACAUUUUAAACACAAAAUGUUAAGAAAAAUUCUGAGUGUUAAAAAUGUAUCAGAAAAGUCAACUAUUAUUGUGACUAGAAAUAUUAAGCAUGAUGAUGAAAUAUUA